GCCCUAAUAAAUCGUCCCCCCUCCUAGCAAGAGUGUUCGACGCACUCACUCGUCCAUGUAAAAGACGCAGUACAGUAAAGCUUCUUUAAAAUGCCUUUCUGCAAGAGUUUUAGAAGGAGAAAGGAUUCUUCGGAUGUGGAAGAAGACGAAACAACGCAAGAAGUCAGAUCUAAAGUAGAAGAGGCCAAAGAGCUGCAGAGUCUGCGGCGACGGCAGAAGGGAGUCAGCGUGACUGCCUUAUUAGUCGGAGAAAAGUUACCACCAGAAGCUGAGAUUGAUAAUGACCCUUUUAAACUGAAAACCGGAGGGGUUGUUGACAUGAAGACAGUCAAAGAUCGCAACCGGGACAUGACAGAGGAGGACACAGACCUCAAUCUGGGCACUUCAUUUUCAGCCGAAACAAACAGAAGAGACGAAGAUGCCGACAUGAUGAAAUAUAUUGAGACAGAGCUAAGAAGAAAGAAAGGCCUCGUGGAAGCGGAGGUGCAAAAGGUCAAGGUGAAAAAUGCAGAGGAUCAUCUCUACGAGCUGCCUGAGAACAUCCGAGUCAACUCUGCCAAAAAGACAGAAGAGAUGUUGUCCAAUCAGAUGCUGAGUGGGAUCCCUGAGGUGGACCUCGGCAUAGAUGCAAAGAUAAAAAACAUCAUCCAGACAGAGGAUGCCAAAGCCAAGCUGAUACAGGAACAAAGGAACAAGAAAAAAGACAACGAAACAUCAUUUGUUCCCACAAACAUCGCCGUCAACUACGUACAACACAACCGCUUCUAUCGCGAGGACGCUAACGCACCUCAGAGACACCACAGACACCGAGAGGAGCCCAAAGCAAGGCCUCUGCGUGUGGGAGACACCGAGAAACCUGGCCCAGAGGCAACGCCAGCACCAAAUUUCCGCAAACGGCCAAAUAAUGAAAAGGCCACUGACGACUACCAUUACGAGAAGUUCAAGAAGAUGAACCGCCGAUAUUAAGAUGAGCCGCUGAGAUUUAAGCUUCCAGCCUGUUAUUGUCACCAAAUCAUGAGACACGCUCAUAAACAAAAAGCCAUUUAGGAAGUUCAUGAAGAUUAGCGAACAAUAAUUGUUUUAUUUGCAAAAACAUGUAUUAGUUGUAGAUGGCUUUCAGCCUCUUUGCUGUAGAGCAGGGCUAUUCAACUAAUGGCCCAGGGGCCAAAUCCAGCCCGGAAAUGACAUCCCAGCACGCCCCGAGUUCGGUUCAAAACUUUGGAGACAAACAUUUUUUGCAGCAAAUUCCUAAAAGUACAAGAGUGCUCCUGUUGAAUAGAGGGACUUGGACCAGUGUAAACACAUUGGCGGAUCCUUGAGUUGACAUUUUAACCUUGCUAGCCAACGGAAAACUAGGGUUCAAACUUGUGAUUUACUGAGGCGUUCCUCAAGACACCCAUUUAAGUCCACUACUUUUGGCAGUUAAAUUUUUUUUUUUGUAAUUUAUUGUUGUGUAACUGAGGUGUUGCUGUAGUUUAUUUUAGAUGCAAUCUGUUGCUGUUUUUCCAACGUAUUUAGUUAUACUAGUGGUGUUCCUCAAGGUUCCCUCUUUUUCAUCAUUUGGGCUCUUCAACUGGUGGUCCACGGGUUUAGUUCCAAAAACUUUUGAGAACCUCACAUUUUUACAGCGGAUUCUUAAAAAACUGUUUGUGUGCUGAAAUGAUCUUUGACUACAUGUUUUGCAGAAGGUCCUUAAAAAGUGCCAAGUGCUUCUAGAACACUGACAGAAUAAAUAGACCAAAAUCAAGUAUCUUUCGUAGAGGACGCCGGAAUUAUUUCUCCCAAUCUUUAGCGUUUUGGAAAUGUGGCCCCCAAAACAAUUUAGUUGAAUUACUCUGCUGCAGAGCUACUAUGACCAUGUUGUGCUUUGUAAAUAAUGUACAUAUUUUUAAGUUCUACUUUAAUUGAAGCUAUUAAAAAACAGAAACCACA